AUGGAAGACCCUUCCUACUUUGACCUUGCAAUGGAGGGCAUGAUGCCAGAGGUUAUUACAAUCUCUGAAAGUGAAUACAAGGUAGAACAAGCAGAUGAGAAUGUACCCACUUGCUCCCAAUUGGUUGGUAAACGGCUGCUAAUUGGAAAAGGUGCGCCAGUCGAGUUUGUCGAGCUCUCGAAGCACGAGGAGCUCGUGCAUUCGCAUCUCACUCCAAUCCAAGGAGUAUCUGUGCCAGUUUUACUCGGCAGCCUGCAGCUUCGCUGCCCAUUCUCUUAUGACGGCAUUGCCGAGAUUGUUCGUCUGAUGUUCGUGGGCUAUGCCGGAAGGACCUUGCAAGCCAGCAUGACCUCGAUCGCCAUUGACUAA